GGCGUGCCCCAGGAGAGCGGCGUGGACGCGCUCGGGCCUAGAGGCCCACGUGAUCCGCAGGGCGGCCGAGGCAGGAAGCUGUGAGUUAGCGCGGUUGCGGGGUCGUGUUGUGGCUACGGCUUUGCGUCCCUGGCGGGCAGCCCCGGGCUGGUCCCCGCCUCCGCUCUCCCCACCGGCGGGGAAAGCAGCUGGUGUGGGAGGAAAGGCUCCAUCCCUCGCCCCCUCUCUCCCGCUGUUGGCCGGCCGGAUCUUUUGGCAGUCCUGUGGCCUCGAUCCCCGCGCGGAUCCUCCUGACCCUGAGAUUCGCGAGUCUCACGUCCCGUGCACGCCUUGCUUCGGCCUCAGUUAAGCCUUUGUGGGCUCCAGGUCCGAGAUUAGAAACGUUUGCAAACAUGUCCCGGAUCGAAAAGAUGAGCAUUCUGGGCGUGCGGAGUUUUGGAAUAGAGGACAAAGAUAAGCAAAUUAUCACUUUCUUCAGCCCCCUUACAAUUUUGGUUGGACCCAAUGGGGCGGGAAAGACGACCAUCAUUGAAUGUCUAAAAUAUAUUUGUACUGGAGAUUUCCCUCCUGGAACCAAAGGAAAUACAUUUGUACAUGAUCCCAAGGUUGCUCAAGAAACAGAUGUGAGAGCCCAGAUUCGUCUGCAAUUUCGUGAUGUCAAUGGAGAACUUAUAGCUGUACAAAGAUCUAUGGUGUGUACUCAGAAAAGCAAAAAGACAGAAUUUAAAACUCUGGAAGGAGUCAUUACUAGAACAAAGCAUGGUGAAAAGGUCAGUCUAAGCUCUAAGUGUGCAGAAAUUGACCGAGAAAUGAUCAGUUCUCUUGGGGUUUCCAAGGCUGUGCUAAAUAAUGUCAUUUUCUGUCAUCAAGAAGAUUCUAAUUGGCCUUUAAGUGAAGGAAAGGCUUUGAAGCAAAAGUUUGAUGAGAUUUUUUCAGCAACAAGAUACAUUAAAGCCUUGGAAACACUUCGGCAGGUACGUCAGACACAAGGUCAGAAAGUAAAAGAAUAUCAAAUGGAACUAAAAUAUCUGAAGCAAUAUAAGGAAAAAGCUUGUGAGAUUCGUGAUCAGAUUACAAGUAAGGAAGCCCAGUUAACAUCUUCAAAGGAGAUUGUCAAAUCCUAUGAGAAUGAACUUGAUCCAUUGAAGAAUCGUCUAAAAGAAAUUGAACAUAAUCUCUCUAAAAUAAUGAGACUUGACAAUGAAAUUAAAGCCUUGGAUAGCCGAAAGAAGCAAAUGGAGAAAGAUAAUAGUGAACUGGAAGAGAAAAUGGAGAAGGUUUUUCAAGGGACUGAUGAGCAACUAAAUGACUUAUAUCAUAAUCACCAGAGAACAGUAAGGGAGAAAGAAAGGAAAUUGGUAGACUGUCAUCGUGAACUGGAAAAACUAAAUAAAGAAUCUAGGCUUCUCAAUCAAGAAAAAUCAGAACUGCUUGUUGAACAGGGUCGUCUACAGCUACAAGCAGAUCGCCAUCAAGAACAUAUCCGAACUAGAGAUUCAUUAAUUCAGUCUUUGGCAACACAGCUAGAAUUGGAUGGCUUUGAGCGUGGACCAUUCAGUGAAAGACAGAUAAAAAAUUUUCACAAACUUGUGAGAGAGAGACAAGAAGGGGAAGCAAAAACUGCCAACCAACUGAUGAAUGACUUUGCAGAAAAAGAGACUCUGAAACAAAAACAGAUAGAUGAGAUAAGAGAUAAGAAAACUGGACUGGGAAGAAUAAUUGAGUUAAAAUCAGAAAUCCUAAGUAAGAAGCAGAAUGAGCUGAAAAACGUGAAGUAUGAAUUACAGCAGUUGGAAGGAUCUUCAGACAGGAUUCUUGAACUGGACCAGGAGCUCAUAAAAGCUGAACGUGAGUUAAGCAAGGCUGAGAAAAAUAGCAAUGUAGAAACCUUAAAAAUGGAAGUAAUAAGUCUUCAAAAUGAAAAAGCAGACUUAGACAGGACCCUGCGUAAACUUGACCAGGAGAUGGAGCAGUUAAACCAUCAUACAACAACACGUACCCAAAUGGAGAUGCUGACCAAAGACAAAGCUGACAAAGAUGAACAAAUCAGAAAAAUAAAAUCUAGGCACAGUGAUGAAUUAACCUCACUGUUGGGAUAUUUUCCCAACAAAAAACAGCUUGAAGACUGGCUACAUAGUAAAUCAAAAGAAAUUAAUCAGACCAGGGACAGACUUGCCAAAUUGAACAAGGAACUAGCUUCAUCUGAGCAGAAUAAAAAUCAUAUAAAUAAUGAACUAAAAAGAAAGGAAGAGCAGUUGUCCAGUUACGAAGACAAGCUGUUUGAUGUUUGUGGUAGCCAGGAUUUUGAAAGUGAUUUAGACAGGCUUAAAGAGGAAAUCGAAAAAUCAUCAAAACAGCGAGCCAUGCUGGCUGGAGCCACAGCAGUUUACUCCCAGUUCAUUACUCAGCUAACAGAUGAAAACCAGUCAUGUUGCCCCGUUUGUCAGAGAGUUUUUCAGACAGAGGCUGAAUUGCAAGAAGUCAUCAGUGAUUUGCAGUCUAAACUGCGACUUGCUCCAGAUAAACUCAAGUCAACAGAGUCAGAGCUAAAAAAAAAGGAAAAGCGGCGUGAUGAAAUGCUGGGACUUGUGCCCAUGAGGCAAAGCAUAAUUGAUUUGAAGGAGAAGGAAAUACCAGAAUUAAGAAACAAACUGCAGAAUGUCAAUAGAGACAUACAGCGCCUAAAGAACGACAUAGAAGAACAAGAAACACUCUUGGGUACAAUAAUGCCUGAAGAAGAAAGUGCUAAAGUAUGCCUGACAGAUGUUACAAUUAUGGAGAGGUUCCAGAUGGAACUUAAAGAUGUUGAAAGAAAAAUUGCACAACAAGCAGCUAAGUUACAAGGAAUAGACUUAGAUCGAACUGUCCAACAAGUCAACCAGGAGAAACAAGAGAAACAGCACAAGUUAGACACAGUUUCUAGUAAGAUUGAAUUGAAUCGUAAGCUUAUACAAGACCAGCAGGAACAGAUUCAGCAUCUAAAAAGUACAACAAAUGAGCUAAAAUCUGAGAAACUUCAGAUAUCCACUAAUUUGCAACGUCGUCAGCAACUAGAGGAGCAGUCUGUGGAAUUAUCCACUGAAGUUCAGUCUUUGUACAGAGAGAUAAAGGAUGCUAAAGAGCAGGUAAGCCCUUUGGAAACAACAUUGGAAAAGUUCCAGCAAGAAAAAGAAGAAUUAAUCAACAAAAAAAAUACAAGCAACAAAAUAGCACAGGAUAAACUGAAUGAUAUUAAAGAGAAGGUUAAAAAUAUUCAUGGCUAUAUGAAAGACAUUGAGAAUUAUAUUCAAGAUGGGAAAGACGACUAUAAGAAGCAAAAAGAAACUGAACUUAAUAAAGUAAUAGCUCAACUAAGUGAAUGCGAGAAACACAAAGAAAAGAUAAAUGAAGAUAGGAGAAUCAUGAGACAAGAUAUUGAUACACAGAAGAUACAAGAAAGGUGGCUACAAGAUAACCUUACUUUAAGAAAAAGAAAUGAGGAACUAAAAGAAGUUGAAGAAGAAAGAAAACAACAUUUGAAGGAAAUGGGUCAAAUGCAGGUUUUGCAAAUGAAAAGUGAACAUCAGAAGUUGGAAGAGAACAUAGAAAAUAUAAAAAGAAAUCAUAAUUUGGCAUUAGGGCGACAGAAAGGUUAUGAAGAAGAAAUUAUUCAUUUUAAGAAAGAACUUCGAGAACCACAAUUUCGGGAUGCUGAGGAAAAGUAUAGAGAAAUGAUGAUUGUUAUGAGGACAACAGAACUUGUGAACAAGGAUCUGGAUAUUUAUUAUAAGACUCUUGACCAAGCAAUAAUGAAAUUUCACAGUAUGAAAAUGGAAGAAAUCAAUAAAAUUAUACGUGACCUGUGGCGAAGUACCUAUCGUGGACAAGAUAUUGAAUACAUAGAAAUACGGUCUGAUGCCGAUGAAAAUGUAUCAGCUUCUGAUAAAAGGCGGAAUUAUAACUACCGAGUGGUGAUGCUGAAGGGAGACACAGCCUUGGAUAUGCGAGGACGAUGCAGUGCUGGACAAAAGGCAGGUAUUAGCCUCACUCAUCAUUCGCCUGGCCCUGGCUGAAACAUUCUGCCUCAACUGUGGCAUCAUUGCCUUGGAUGAGCCAACAACAAAUCUUGACCGAGAAAACAUUGAAUCUCUUGCACAUGCUCUGGUUGAGUAAGUAUCUCACAUUUGGGGACAGGUUGUGAUAGUUCUUCAAGAUCAAGAGAGUUCUGUGGUGAAAACGUUCUCUAGCUGUGUUCCCCACUUCUUGGGGAAGCCAGUUGGUGGCAGGCCCUGGGCUUUACCUUUUGAUAGUAAUUUUUUCAGAUCCCUCCUAAAGGAACUAGAUGGUGAAUAGCAGCCCCAGACACAUCCUGCAGCUCCCCAAGUGUGUUCACAGGGAGAGAGUCACUGUGAGGGGUUCCUGGCCUGGUUUUCCUGUAAACCUACCAACCAGAGGAACCCACAUGUCAUGCACAGCAAUUAGCAUGCCCUGCUAAGACAUCUGCAGGUAAUGGUAGUGGGUUUAGGACUGUCUCCCCAGCUUUCCACAUGUGUCAGACAACUGUAAGGAAUGACAGAGCUCUUCCUCAAAAAGCUUAUUCGAGAUUAGGUAAAAUCCAGUGAGGGUAAAAUUGCACACCUUUUACCACAUUCACCUGGGGUCAGUGUAGACGCCAAGGUUGUCAAGCAGCUCUUGCAUAAGGACUAUGCUGGCAGAGAAAAAGGCACUUUCCCUGAGGUCAAAGGAGGUGUUUCAGGCACUCCUGGCUCCAGACAGUCCCUUUGUGGCAGAGAGGGCCGGAAGGAGAGCUGAGCAGCGCAGGGCCACCUCUCUGCAGCCAUCAUCACAAGUAAGGGCGAGUGCUUUUGAAACCUCAGUGCAUCCAGCUCCAGGAAGGGGAUAAGUGGCUAGCUAAAAGAAAAAGUCUUUCAGGUUUCAGUCACAUUGCUGGUUACCUCAGCAAAAUGUUCCCAGAACACCCACUCACGUCCCUGUGUGUCAUAGCAAUGAUGCAUCUAGUGACUGGUGGUGGCAGAAUUCUAAGUAGACCCAGCUCUUAAGAAAGCAGUGUUAUUCCCCUUACCUGUAGUUUGUCUUUAUCACUUUUAAAUUUUUCUUCCAGAGAAUAGUAGUAACAGGUCAGGAAAAUCCCAGGCGAAGGAGUAAGCCUUCUAUAGUUGAACAGUUUGGAUAUUAAGGAAAACUCAAUAAAAUAUUUAUACCUACCUGCGCUUUAGUGAGAACUUCUGAUCUGGAAGAAACUAGUUCUUGUAUUCCUGUGAGUCCCUAAGCCAGACCUAAGUGAGGAGUCAGGCCAUGUGUCCCUACUGUCUGGAGAGGAGAAGAGACUCCUGCCUGGCUGGCCUGAAGGCCUGGGGCCACCCCUCCACUUCCUGCAGGGUAGCUGGGGCCCUGACACAGGACACACAGCACAAGUUCAUGUGUCUGACAAGGUUUGCAGUGAUUUUUCAAAUCAAAGAAGGGGUAUGCUCUUUACUAAUAAUAUGUUCUGAAUAUAUUGUUUCAGGAUAAUAAAAAGUCGCUCACAGCAGCGUAACUUCCAGCUUCUGGUAAUCACUCAUGAUGAAGAUUUUGUGGAGCUUUUAGGACGUUCCGAAUAUGUGGAGAAAUUCUACAGGAUUAAAAAGAACAUCGAUCAGUGCUCAGAGAUUGUGAAAUGCAGUGUUAGUUCCCUGGGAUUCAAUGUUCAUUAAAAAUAUCCAAGAUUUAAAUGCCAUAGAAAUGUAGGUCCUCAGAAAGUGUAUAAUAAGAAACUUAUUUCUGAUAUCAACUUAGUCAAUAAGAAAAUAUAUUCUUUCAAAGGAACAUUGUGUCUAGGAUUUUGGAUAUUGAGAGGUUCUAAAAUCAUGAAACUUGUUUCACUGAAAAUUGGACAGAUUGCCUGUUUCUGAUUCGCUGCUCUUCAUCCCAUUCCAGGCAGCCUCUGACAAGUCUUCAAGGUUCAGCAGUACAGCCGAGACUCGACCCUGUGCCUCCCUCCCCAGUGCAAAUGCAUGCUCCUUCUCAAAGCACUGUUGAGAAGGAGAUAAUUACUGCCUUGAAAAUUUAUGGUUUUGGUAUUUUUUUUUUAUCAUAGUUAAAUGUUACCUCUGAAUUUAUUUCCUUGCAUGUGGUUUGAAAAACUGAGUAUUAAUAUCUGAGGAUGACCAGAAAUGGUGAGAUGUAUAUUUGGCUCUGCUUUUAACUUUAUAAAUCCAGUGACCUCUCUCUCUGGGACUUGGUUUCCCCAACUAAAAUGUGAAGUAGUUGAAUGGGGUCUCAAAGUUUGACAGGAACCUUAAGUAAUCAUCUAAGUCAGUACCCACCACCUUCUCCUACAUAUCCCUUCCAGAUGGUCAUCCAGACUCAGAGCUCUCUCUACAGAGAGGAAAUUCUCCACUGUGCACACCCACCUUUGGAAAGCUCUGACCACUUGAGGCCUGAUCUGCCCAUUGUGAAGAAGCCUGUAACACUCCUCUGCGUCUAUCCUGUGUAGCAUACUGGCUUCACCAUCAAUCCUGAUUCCUCUCCAAGUGGGCAUUGCUGUGUGGAAGGCAAGCCAGGCUCACUCACAAAGUCAAGGCCUGCUCCCUGUAGGGUCCAACCAGACCUGGAAGAGCAGGCCUCUCCAUUUGCUCUUCAGAUGCCAUUUCUAAGAAAAGCCUAAUCACACUUUUUCCUGGACUUGCCAGCUGACAUCUUGAAUCCUUCCAUUCCACACAGAAUGUAACCAAGUCACACGCUUUUGAAUUACACUUUGUAGAGUUUUGUCAUUUAGAGUCAGCCAGGACCAUACCAGGUCUUGAUUCAGUCACGUGGCAUGGUUUUGUGCCAUCUGUAGCUGUAAUGAGCAUGUUGCCUAGACGGUUUUUCUCAACUGGGUCCAGAAGAGAAUUAAGCCCUAAGGUCCUAAGGCAUCUGUGCUAGGUUAAAUGGUCGGCCCCCAAAGAUAGGUCCUGAUUUCUAGAACCCGUGACUGUUACUUUAUAUGGCAAAGGAAACUUUGCAGAUGUGAUUAAAGCUAAGGACCUUAAGACAGAGUAUCCUUGGGGUGGUGGUGGUGGGGAGGUCCUAAAUGUAAUCACGAGUAAGAUUAAGAACAAAUCAAUUAUAGUCAUAUGUUAAACAUCCACAAUAACCAAGAUAUUUUUAUCCCAAGAAUGUAAGAUUUCAGAAAAUGAAAAAUCUUUGAUAAAUCAUCACUAUAAUAAAACCGAAGGGGAAAAAAUUCUGAAAAAA